CCAAAAUGUGCGCAGGUAUAAAUUAUAACGAGAAUGGGCGACAACGGUAGUUCAUCUCACUUAGUUUCUCUUUAUCAAGCACUCGAGCAAAAAGAGUUCGUCGGACGAGCAAAUGUUUUGUACUCUGUUGUAUUGGUUGGAAAAAUUUCACCACACAUUAAUAGCAGUGAAGUUGGAAAAUUUUAUGAAAAGCUUACAUCCAGUUUCACACCGCCGGACCAUGUUACAGGUCUCUUGAUGGUUUAUCCCUAUCACGUGAUACACAUUAUUGAGUCAAGUUUUAGAAGUUUGAUGGAAUUUUUUCGAGUAAUUGUCAAGUCUGAAGAAAUCAUAGAAUCUUGCAUGAAUCGUCACGUUGAACAGAAAAAUAAGGGUCAAAAUGUUGCUCAAGACUAUCGACAUUUCAGUGAGUUUGAUAAAGCCAACAUCCAAGAAAUGUACACAAAAAACUUCUUGGCUCCUACGAUUCAUAAUCGUGUCUUAUGUGCAAUCGAUAAUAUCGUCCAUCGUAUAUACCGGACAUAUGAACAGUUGGUUUUUGAUAUGUCACCGACAGUAAUAUCAGACUAUGAUUCAAAUGAAUCUGAUGAGAAAAAGUUACUUGACUUACUAAGUCAAGUGAAUAGACUAAGCGUACAUUUGGCAGAAGAAUCCAUGCGGGGUCAAGACGAAUACGUUCCCGAAACUUUUAAAAGGAAGUUAACUGGAAUAUUGAAUAAUAUUCGUCAAAUACGCCCAGAGCUGAUUCCACAACAAGGUAAGUUGUUUAUUGUCAAACAAUGAUUUAUGUGCAAAUGUAGCAUAUCAAGGUCAAUAAUCUGUUCAUUACUGGAGCAUGAAAAUUACUCCAAAAUUGUGUACAUAUAUAUAUAUUGCUAUGAGACUCAAUUAAUAAUCAAGUAAAGUUCUUACUUGCACUUAAUUCGAUUUUACAAUAAGCAUCUCAUAUCCUAUGGAUUAUACUGCUUAAGCAAACUUUGGUUAGUCAGAUCAAGACUAGUUUCACCAAAGCUUCAAGAGUGCUAUGGGAUAAAAGGAAAGGCAUCUAAUUGUACAUGGUCACAUUUUGCCCCUUAAAGACGUAAAAUGAAUAUAUUAAUAGCCAUUCAUUCGUUACAAAUGAACAAAUGUAUUGUAAGAAGCCAGAGUGACGCAACCAAAUAAACUAAUUUAAACUUUUAAACGCUGUGCAUAAAGUUGAAACAAGUGCCUAAUAUUAUAAUUUGGAAGUUUAGUAUUAGAUCGGUGGAAGACAUUUAAUGAAAAACAUCAAUUCGCACAUGAAAGGAAGUCGUCAUUUAUCAUUUUUAAGAGCAGUGGAAGUAUAAAGUUCGUGAGUGUGCCGGAGCUGACAAAUGAUUUCAUUUCUUUCUAGGAAACACUAUCAGUAUGUUCAGUUAUUUUAUUCUGGUUAAUUUUAAUUGAUUUUUAUAUGACAUGUAAAACUGCAUCAAUUCGAUUAUAAGGACCACUUUACCGACCGAAUCAAUAUUAUAUACCCUAUUAACGAUACUAUAAUUUGUUGUCAGGAAAUUAAGCGAGUUUCCGAUUCUCAAUCUCUUAAAUAUUUGUGGUUACUUACAGCUUUAAACAGAUUAUGAGUGAAUUUUAUAUUUAGUUGUAGUUGGAUAUUUUGCGGACAUAUCUUCUUACGAAGGGAUAAUACCACUAAAAGAAUACAUGAAACUCUAUGAAAUUCCAUAUGAAACCUCAUCACAAUCGGGUAAAUGUAAAUUUUUAUGCUGUUGUAGGAACUGUGAUUUUAUGAUAGUCAACCUUGACAUCAAUUUAAAUAACAAUUUUGCCAUCCUUAUUUUAAUACAAUAUUAAUGAGAAAUGCUUUAUUUUCGUAAGAGCAGUUAAUAUUCAUUUAUCUUGCAGAAUUAUCGUAUAUGGCGAUUGCCAAAAGUAGUUAUUCAAAACGAUUUUUCCAACUGUUGGAAGUAAUUUUCUUAGCUGGACACACAAAAGCCUAAUUCUAUACACCUCAUGUAUAGUGUAUACGUUUAUUUGCAGUUCACGUAGAAACAUCUGCAGAUAAUCUGGAACCAAAUUUUGAGAGAAGUGGUUCAGUUUAUAACCAUCACAAUCAAGAUUUCUCAUUUGGUCCUUAUCUGGUGAGAUAUUUGAUUUAGUAACGAAUAUGCAGUCGGUUACACUACCAUAUCCCGGUUUUCUGUGUUUAGUAAAAGAUUUGGAAGUAAUGUUUAAGUCUAUCAAUUGUAAUAAGACUUUACGAAGGUAGAACUAUAUAAGGAACGGUGCAGAUGGGUGGAAGCACACAUCACCCAGAAAAAAAUGAAGCAAAACUCCUCAGAAAUAUCACUCAGUCAUUCUUGUUCCCAAAAGGUUAAGAUAAUUUUAAAGCGACGUAGUAAUAUAAGAUUAAAUAUAUUUUACGAUAAAACUAUUUCAAGAUAAUAUGCUUCGAAGGUCAUAGGUAUUAGGCGAAUUUCCCGAAGCAAAUUUUACGGUAUUAUUUAAGACAUUAGAAGCUUUUCAUUCAGCUACCAAUAAAACUUCCAUGUCAACAACAUUGACAGCGUAUGACUGAACGAAAUAUUACAAAAGGAAACCGUUCACAUCAAAGUUCCCAAACUUACCAGGUAAUUUUAUGUAGUCAAUGAUCGUUAGUACACAAUUAUAAAAGUAGACGUGUUUCUCUUUCAUUUCAGAGCUUACAUGGCCGAUCGAAAGAAAUUCCUUUAUUUACAAAUAAGAAUUCCGAAAACAAUACCUUUGUAUCAGUGAAAAAGAAUAGAAUUUUUGAAAGCUUUAUGCCAAAAAUACUGGUUACCAUUUGAAAAAUCGUACCACUUAUAAAAGAAAAGAUAUUGUGAUAAUCGUAAUAGAAACACUUGUAUAUAGAUUAUUCGAUACAUACGAAAAGGAAAGCGAUUCACAUGAAUAAAGAAAUCACGUUAUAUUAAUUCCCGUCAAUAAUAGAAGACGCUUCAAGACAACAAUCAUUCCAGAAAAAUGGUUUACUUGGUGUUUACAAACAAAAAUUAGGAUUUACAAAACUUCAAUUUAUAUCAUCAACUAAACAAAACGGCCCUUACAGUCAACUAGGAUUAACUAACUUAUUAUCUCUGGAGAGAUGAAUGAAACAUAAAAAAGAACAAAAACUUCAGGAAUACAUAACCGGAAAAAAGGAAUGUCCUGAACCCCGAUCGUGACCGAAAACGAAGAGAUUGGCGGCUAAACCAGAAUAUUAAAUGAAAGGACCACAAGCUGACCGAAAGCAUUAUAAAGGUGGAAGCAGCUAACCGAAUCGAUCCUGAAAAAAUGCACCCAAAUAUAUACAAAUAUACAAAUUUUAAGCGAUAAUAAAAUAUGUGCUUGUAAAAGAGGAACGAUAAAAACAAACACUCGGCAUCCAUUGGGAAGCAAUGGUUUGGUAAUCUGACAGAAGGUGAAUUACUGCAUCAAAAGUUGCUUCAUAUACCAAGGUUGGAAUAACCAAUGGAAGAAACUUCGGUUUGGGCACCCGGGCAGUAUCACAGCCCUUACACAUAUCAAAUGAGAUGUGUGGCGCAUAUGUAUUUGGUGCCUCCUUGUACCAUUAUCUAUGUGUUAAAAUAAUAAUAACUUUGAGUCAAAAGCUCUUAAAACUUGAACGAUUACAUCAUAGACAGUAGCCAACAUUAAAAUAUUUGUUUGGCUGGCAUCAUUUUAAGUGCUAGACAGUUUCAUCAAAUGACUAAGAAAGUAAAGUACUAGCACAUUUCUACUUUCGAAAUCUAUGGUAGUUUGAGGGCUGUUGGUGAGCGACAUGACAGCUAUGUCUUACUGUAUAGUUUGACUCAUCAGGCUGCUACUUUGAUUACCAUUCAAUUUAACCACCAACUUUGACUAUUUAUUUGUAAGCCUUUCAGGUGAUCAUCAUUUCGUUGGUCAGAAGUCUCGAUCAAUUUACAAUGAAAAUUAUAUGACAAUGUCUCUUAUCACUAAAAUAAUUUGAUGCGUACUCGCUAACCAAAACCAUUCAAUGACAAAUUUGUUCGUCACAAAUAAUUUUUGCUUUAUUGAUUCAGGUAGCCUGAUUUUUUUUAAUGUCAAUUUUAAUAAACAUGUCGCAUAUCAGUCUUAAUUAGAUAAAUAUUUACACGUACC